AUGAUCAUGUCAGCUAACUAUAACUGGCAGGCUGUCCACCCAGUCUACGGAGUACCCAUUUCCGUCGUGCAGGCCACCGAGCAGCCAGCAAUCCGCUGCGACGUUCGUCAGAGACACAACCUCCCUUCUAGAUCAUGGGCGGUACGUAUUUCCACAUGGAUCAACACUAACUAUUUCUUAUGGUCUUUGUGCGCUGGACUUGCGGGUUAUCGCUCUGACGAGGAGUGGACGAAUACAUUCGAGAUCCACUAUCGAAAGACCUGGGAUGAGAUCCAGGCCAGAGUACGGGAGAUCGAUGAGCCUUAUAGGUUCGGUGUGCCCAUUCCAAUGCCACCAGUCAUCCAGGCUGUAGUCAUCCACCACCCCGAGAGUGGCCCUGCGGAGAUAUUCACGGUUCGCCCGGAGGCUCGUCCGUCACAUCUUGUUCCUCAGAUAAUUAUUAUGUCGCCGGAUGCUGUAUGGGGACUUUUGAGGUUUGUGACUGAGCGUCAGUCCUCUGUCCCUGAUAUAUUUGAUGUAGUGCUCGAUAUUUCGCCGCCAGCGCUGUCGCACCCUGUAGAUAAACAGGUUAACCACAGUAUGGCCAGAAAGAGAAUAUCUCAAGGCAACUCGAAGGAUGAUGUGGUAGACACGUACUACCAGUUUGGAAAUUAA